AUGCCCCCCAAAAGCAAGGAGAAGGACGCAAAGCAGGCGCUGGCCCAAAAGAAGCCCGCAUCAAAGGAAACUCACAAAAAUGAUGCACAUGAAGCUGUGCAGAUCAACUGGGCCAUACCUAAAGCGAAGCGAAAACUAGUCCACGACGAAAAGCACGUGGCUGAUUACGCCCAGUCAUUGUACCAGAGAAACCCGAACGAAAUUCAAUCAUCACAAACAGCCCUGCCUGAUGCUCAGAUACGCUCACCAAUCUUCCAGAAGGCUGGCAAGGAUAUGCAACCCAAAGAUGCCAAUCAUUCCAGCACAGCAUUGCGAGACUUGUACAACGACAUCAAGAGACGGAGUGUUGCCGAGCCAGAUGGACGCCACGAUCUUGCUUCACUAAAGACCCUUUUUGAAGCCGGGGACGAGAACACUACAGUCGUUCUUUCGAGAGCAGAGAACGAAGAAGUACUGGUAUUGGGUGCGGAACGACGUCUAGAGGUGACAGUGAAUAAGCAGACUGCGCAUAUUGAUUUCAUCCGACGGGCGCCAUCGGGCGAAGGAAAUCAACGGCUGGGCUAUUUCAUUGAAGUUCCCCUAGGGACUUUAGUCACCGUCAAUGGCAUCACGUACACCAAUAAUGAUGAUUCAUCGCCUGCACCAUUCUUUAUUGGCCCGCUUGACAGCUACGCUGUGAUUGAGCUGUUGUCACAGCCAGUUUUCUUUUUCAGAAAUGAGGAGAGCCUGAAGCACUCAGUGACGACUAGGAAAGCGCCUCAAGAUGAGAUUGACCGACGCGAUCUGAAUGGGGAUGUUGCCCCGGAGAAUGUGAGGGUGAGAUGGCUACAGCUUGGAUCUCCAACGCUUAUGGUGGAGGCUGAACCUGAAGAAGAGAAUGAAGGGCAUGAUUUGGAGCAGUCUGAAGAGGGUGCAAACGAGCCUGCGGAGGAGCUUUAUGUCGAGGAAGACGCAUUCUCGGACGCAUUCACAGACGAUGGGAAUCCGAUUGAGAAUCCUCAUGUCUACAUCCAAUCUUGCCUCAGACUGCACAUGGAAGAAAGACUCGACACUUUGAUCCCCAGAGUAAUCGCUUCAGUCAAUCAACGACAGCCUGAGAAUACUGGGUUCAGUUUCCUUCACGACAACAUGGUUCUCAGACAGGGAAGAACACUGCUCACUGGCGUCACACAGGCUGAAACUCGUAUCCUACUCAUAGGCGAGGUUCAGCCGGACAACAAUAUCAGAAUUCGAAUCUUAGAUCCAAUGACUUGGCGCACCACCGAAAGUCGCCGAAAAACGAUAUUCACUCAGCUGCAGCAGUGGCUCUUGACAACCAACUGGUGGAAAAAUGCUUUUAAAUCGAAUGAAGAAAUGGGAGAGCAUAUGCCACAGUCAUUCGAGGGGGUGCCAUGUGCGCAGACGACCACCCAAGAGGGCGCCUUCACCUACACUGUUUUGAAUGCAUGGGCUUUGGCCAUGGGCUUAGAGCCCAACCCGACAUUCCGACCCAGCAGCCACAGCAACGAAGCUUUCUUUAUCCAAGCCCAGCAACUAUUCGAUCUCGCCCUCCAGGAUCAACUGACAUGGAAAAUGCUUUUCGCCUUCUUAAGUAAUACCGGCUUCGUGAAGCCAUUGGUCGCCCUUGAAAGCGAAGACAACGCCAAUGCCCAAAUUCCUGCUAAGAACCGUCGCUUUGACCAGCGCAAACGUUCCUUUACCCAACUCAUUGCUGAUCAGAAUGAGGCCGAUGUGAGCUUCCCAGCAAAGGAAAUAGAGAUACAGCACAUGCCCUUGGGGCUUGAAGAAGGCAAAUCGCACAGAGAAGCAUUCCCCUCCGAUUGUCUCACAGAAGAAGAACGAGAUCGUGUUGCUCCUUUUGUUCGCGACGGGCAAUGGAGUUUCCACGGGACAGUAGAGCAGCCGAAGCAGCGUUUCGAACAGGAGCAGCAGAAUGCAGAGCCAGAUAUCGCGUCCACCUCAACAUUGUCCGAUCCACCGAGCAGUCCCCCACAGCUGGAUCCAUUUCCUAUCCCAGAAAACUUCAAUCCCUGCGCGUAUCUUGAAGCAGAAAUCAAAAGACUAGUUGAUUUAGAUACAUCCUCGACAACCGAGCAAAGCGAGUCCACCGACGUCCCGCGGUUAAGUAAGCAGGAGAUCCAAGACAGCAUCGCAGCCGUCAUUCGUGCCAUCAACCUACGCCACCCCCCAGGAGCAGGUUUCACAAUUGAAGUAGGCAACACGCACGUGGAAUCGUCUACCGAUAUCAACGGCGACCUGCUUGCGCUUACCGUAAUGGAAGCGAGCGACAUGCAUGAGCUGUGUAUCUUGAUCCAGAAUCCAACAGGGGGACAAACACCCUUUUAUACUGUUAUUGACUCUGCACCAUGGGCAACGGACAAGGCUAAACGAGCCGAGAUCCGGGAUACGCUCAACGAGACAUUCCCAAUUACAGAGCCUGUACCGUGGGUUUUUGCGCCCCAGCAGGCACAGGCGCAUCAUAGUGGACAUCACGUUGUUCUCAAUGCAUGGAGCAUUGUAUUGGGACUGCCUCUGAACCUGCAAGACUUUACUUCGAGUCUGGACUUUAUCCGCGCGGCGCACCACAUCAUCAAGGCUGUGCUCCGCGGUGAUGCAGAUUGGUUGCUGAUCUGGGCUUUGCUAUGCUACUACGGUUACGUGGAAUCCGCAGAGGCACCAGAAGUCGGCAGGAGAUUUUCUAGGACAGUCCCAUCGAGUGAACAUGAAGCGUACCAGGCAGAGAUGAAUACGAAGAAGGCGGGGUCUGCAACAGGAGCUGAGAUCAAUACGUACAGCCAUUUCAAGCACACUUCGACUCAAGAGCACAAUGCCAAUUUCCACUGGGACGACCUGACUCCGGAUGACCGAAAUGUUGGUAUUCCUGAACUUCAGCGCAACGGGUUGUUCCGCAGCGCGCUGCCUCGUGAGGAACUGCGUAUGCGGUACCGAGAGUUGAGAGGGAAAUUCGAUGCAUGCCAUCACCUUCGGCAAAGCCUGAAUCAUAUACGAGUAAACGCUACUAUAUUGUCCGAAUUGAGGCAGUUCCGUAACGAAGGCGCUACAACAAAUAUUGGAGAUUGGCUUCUAGACAUUGAGGUUGCGCUAUCCAUAAGUGCUGUUCUCCUGGCUAUCAACGACGUACAGGAUGCCGAAAGUGGAUUCAGCAUCGUCCCACAAAAUUACAUCCAAGCAUGCGCCUUCACAGAUGACCCAAAUCUUACUCAAUUUCACCCUCCCGCCCUUCGCCCCGGUCGGCCAUUGAUCGCCCCGAUUCAUCAUCGUAAUCAUUUCGUCCUCCUUGUCGCACAGUUCAACGAAGAGGGCCGUCCUACAAUUUCUAUCUUGGAUUCACAAACCCACCAAUACGAGCAGCAGAAUCGCGAGGAAGUGUUCCAGAUGGCAUGGCGAGUCCUGUGUAGGACGAGCUGGUGGCGAGGUUUCUUUCCAGACGUAGAUGCUUUCAAUCAGGUAAAGCCUGCUUCUGCAAGCUGGAUCAAAACUGCUCAACAGCCAGGGAGCAGUGAAUGCGGGUAUUAUGUGAUAUUAAAUGCAUGGGCCUUGGCAUUGGGAUUGGAGCUCAACCCAGAUGUCCGACUGCAAUGGACCCAUCAGUUCCAUAGAGAGCUGCUAGAUGUUAUGCAUCUUGCGCGUCUGGCACGUGUCGAUUCCAGGCUCAUCUUUGCCUUUUUGCGAUGCCAUAAUAUUGUUCGGGAUGGAGUGAUACCUCACAACAGGCGUUUCUCUAGGACACACCAGACACGAGGCGAAGCAGUACUGGACCGCGAAUUAGAGAAUCGCUGCGCUCUGGAAAAAACACACUGGACGGAGCAAAACUAUGGACCUGAAGCUUUGGCCCGAAUGAAGAGCUCCAAUCGCGUUCCAGGCAUGAAUGGAGUGGCCCAUAAUGAACCCAAGGCGUUUGCUUCUGAUAAAUGGAGUCCGGAGUCGAAGCAGAAGUAUGUGCAAAAACUCCAAGAUAGUGGUAUGCUCAACAUGGAUCAUGAUGAGCAACAACUGAAGGAGGCCUACGAUAACAUGAUGAAAUCGUUGUUAGAGAAUAUCUGGACAGGACUCGCGGCAAAAACGUCGUCACCAAAACGGCAGAACCUCGUGCGUGCGCUCCGCCAUUAUAUUGAUGUCCAGUUUGAAAAUAUGGAUGAAGACACGGAAAACGAUCCGACAUCGUGGAUUGAAGACACCAUCUGUUUCUUCGAACACGUCAGAAAGAAUAAGCUACUCCGGAAGUGUUUAGGGCGGAUUGGUUUUUCUGGACAGCAAAACUGGCAACGGCCGCUAGGCAACGACGAGUUGAAUUUCGCAAUUGUGUCGGUCCUGGAAGCUAUUGAUGGUUUUCAGUCUGGCGAAUACAGAGAUACGGGAUGCGACCUUCCUUUUGCCGGAGGUUUCGCUUUGACAACGAGCGCCAAUCUCCAGAUGGCGCUGGAUCCUUCGUUCGGCAAUGAAACAGGUGACUUAUUCAGCAACAUGGCAUUCUCACGCCCGCGAAGGGCCUGGUUGAUUCCCCUGGUUGUCGGUCGCGACGGGCUUUUGGCACACCUAGAGCAAUGGGCUAUUGUGAACAACAAAAAGUGGAAUGGUCCCAAGGACGGAGCUGGCGGCCAUAGUCUUCUGAUUUUGGUUCAAGAGGUACCUAACAGCGGUAACACAAGAGAAACUCAUUUCGAAAUCCACGCCUUCGACAGUAGCAUUAGGGUCUUCGAAGAAGUACGGGAUUUCCUUCGAGAGCGCAUUGAACAGGCAGCACAUCGCCUUGGGUGGUCAACCCAUCGCAACGGACCUGAUGGGCCUCAAUUCGAUGGCCAGCUGCACUUGAGUGAAUCCAUCGCUCAGCAGCCCAAGGGUGGGUGGCAAUGCGGCCACCAUGUACUGAUCAACGCGUGGAUCAUCGCUCUAGGCCUCCAUCCCAACGACGAAGCAAAGUUCAACAACGAAAUCUACAGUCAACUCCACACUCUUGCUCAAGCCGCUACUUCUGGUAUUCUGGACUGGACGACACUAGCAGGCUGGCUCAUCUCGCAUGAGCUCGUUAUCGAGGAUCAACUCGAGUACGUCCCCGAAGAGCGGCGUUUCAACUUUACAGUCGGCCAAACCGACGAGUUUGCGCUUGAUCGCCGCAUUCGCACUUUCCGCAUGCCCGUUGACCAGCGUCUGGCGUCAAUUAGCGUUUCAGAAUCACGGUAUGAUCAUGACAAUAACUAUUACGACUAUUUUGGAGACGAUACCGAGGACACGGAAAGCGACUCUGGCCUGGACAGAUGCAUUGACGAUGCAGACGAGGAUUUUCUGAAUGGCCCGAGAGGCGCCAAGCGGAAGCGGUCUAAGCAUUCGGACUACGGCCUCGAAUUUCUGGAUCAAUACGACUCUGGGUGCGCAGAUGGGCGGGGAGAUGAGGGCUAUGACGCUCGUGCUGGGAAGAGGCGGCGAGGCGCUGACCGUUUAUCUUUCCUAGAUGUAUACUGCAGCGAGGUGUAA